UUUAUUCAAUCAAAUAUCUAAAAAUGAGUUUGAGUUGGUUGGUGUCUCCUUAAUUGCACAAAACUACCAAUGGCUAUUUUAUUAAUCAUGAUAAUAUCAUGCUUGGUAAUUGAAAUAGCAAUUAUUAUUCAGCUGGACCCCAAGAUAAGAGAAGAUUGAUAUUUUACUAUAUUGCAAGUCAGACACCUGAAAAGAUUACAAAAGAAGAUCACUCGAAAUUUAUCAAAGAGAAGUACAUAGAUGUAGAUGUGAGAUCAGGAAUAUUCUCAUUUGGUGGUAUUUUCUUGGCAUUAGCAACAAUAAGAGAAUAACAAUUAAUUACUUCAAGAAUCGCAAGUCGUCCAAUCUUAAAUGGAAUCUUUGUUUUGGGAGUUGGUAAUUGAAAUAAUAAUAUAUUGCCUUUAGGAUUGGUUUCAGCUGCAUUUUCAUAUAACCUUUCCUAAUUAUUAUUUGAGCCACUUUUUGUUCAAAGAAGUAAAGUGAUAUCCGACUUGGCUGAGAAAUAUAACUUCUCAGUGUUUGAUUUCGCUUUAGCAAAGAAGGAAGCCAGAUUAAAACAACUUAGAGCAGAGUUAACAAGUGACAGUAGCAAUGCUGCACAUUUCUGAAUUACAAUAAAAUGUUAACAUUAAUAUUAUAAGGAUUCAAAAAUUAAUCUCAAGCACUCUAUUCAUAAAAUAUG